ACUCAAUGAGCUAUUUCCCAUAGAUGUACAAUAUGGAAUGUAUCCACUUUUUAGUCAUUUUACUUUUUAACCAAUUCAUGUAUGCUAACAGUAAAACAUAUCGAGAGGUAAUAGACAGUGCUAUGGAGAUGGUUAUAUCCAAUAAAGAUAAUGAAAACGAAGAUUAUCUCAGUAUGCAACGGAAUACACCUCCAUCUUCUAAUUUAUCUAUCCCCUUAAUGACAUCUGUGAUGACAGAUGAACAGCGAUUACUAUCGAAAAUACUGAAUGGAUAUGACACAGCCUCUCGACCAACUUUCAAUGCAUCGAAAAGUGUACAAGUUGGAUUUCAGUUUACUCUAAUUCAAAUCAGUCAACUGGAUGAAGUGAACCAAGUGCUUACUUUGAAUGUUUGGAUUGAACAGGAAUGGAUUGAUGAAAGGUUAACAUGGGAUCCAAAAGACUAUAACAAUUUAUCACGAAUACGAAUUCCUUGUCAAAAGUUAUGGUUACCAGAUAUUGUGUUGUAUAAUAGUGCAGAUGACUAUAAGACCGAUUAUAUGCAGAGUAAAGCGAUGGUACAGUCGAAUGGUAAUGUAUUCUGGCCACCACCAGCCAAGUUGAGAUCAACGUGUAAAAUUGACAUCACUUAUUUCCCAUUUGAUGAUCAGUCGUGCACAAUGAAAUUUGGUUCAUGGACAUAUGAUGGUUGGCAGGUGAACGUCAUUAAAAGACAUGAUGAGGUAGAUACAUCAAAUUAUAUUGAAAAUGGAGAAUGGGACCUACUCAAAGUGGUAGUGGAAAGGCAUGAGACUUUUUAUCCAUGCUGUGCAGAACCAUAUCCAGAUUUACGCUUCACGAUUUAUAUGCGUCGGCGUACACUUUAUUAUUUAUUCAAUAUAAUCUUUCCAUGUUUAUGGCUAACUGUGUUAAGUUUAAUCAGUUUUUGGUUGCCGCCGGAUUCUGGUGAAAAAAUUACCUUGGGUAUAACUGUUCUAUUGGCGUUCAGUGUAUUCAUGUUGUUGAUUGCAGAAAAUAUGCCGGCUACAAGUGAAUUUGUGCCUUUAAUUGGUGUCUACCUCACAGUUACAAUGACAAUGACUUCACUGUCCAUCAUUCUGACAGUUCUAGUCUUACAUCUUCAUCAUACUGGUUCAAAUCGACAUGCACUGCCUAAAUACAUAAGAGUAUUAUUUUUUGAUCAUAUCGCCAGAAUAUUUUGUUUAGAUGUAGUACAAAGAUAUCAAAUGAACAGAAGAAAUACUUCGAAACGUGCUAACCAAUCAAGAUACAUUUCGCUGCAGACAAUAAACAAAAAUACUACUGACAAUGAUGAGAAUAGAAAAGGUGUAGUUGAGAUGAAUUUAAAAAAUAGUAAUGAACAAUUAUUAAGCAUAAAUCCAGCAUCACAGCAUUCAUCUUAUCUAAAUAAGAAGCUUCAUUAUAAUUACCUAUCAUCAGAGGUAAUUACUUCAGUUGUUCUGAGCGACGAAAAAACAUCAACCUCAAAGUGCGCAGAAACUUUUUCAAAUACAACUGCUGAACAGCAUUCAUCAUUGGUCAAUGAACAAUACGAAAGGUUUGAAUCGUCGAAUCGGCUAAGUUUUCCCAAAUUGAACACCAUGAAUCCAUCAACUGAAGAAACGUUUAAAAGACAUAAACAGGAUCGUACUGUUCGAAUAGAUGAUAAUUUAAAUAAAGGUAAAACUAGUACGAUCAUGACUUAUAAUUAUAGUAAUAAUGAGUAUGAUAAAAAACAAGGUCAUGAAGUAGUGACCACACUUGAACAAAGUGAAAUCGCAUCCGAUCACAGGGUAGAUUAUGCGAGAUUAAGUGAUGAUUUAAUUAACGAUUUAACACCAUCGAAAUUACUGAAUGUCUGUCCACCCCAUCAUCGUCAUCGUCACGACCAUCAGGCUGUGUAUAACACGCAGCAGAUAGAAGUACUGGGUAAGUUAGUAGAGAUUUUAGAGAGAGCAGAAAAACAACAAGAAAUUAUCCAAAUUUAUUUACAUAAUUUACACGAGAAACAAUUCGAAGAAUAUUAUAUCUCAGAUAUUAUCAAUGAAUGGCGUAUACUGGCACUGAUAGUAGAUCGUAUGUUAUUUUGGUUGUUUCUAGUGGUAGCUGUGAUUGCCACAACUGUCAUUCUACUGAUUAUGCCUUUGUUUAAACCAAAUUUUGCAUAAGAGACUGCACAAAAUAUGGUCUCCUUUACUUUUCUAAAAAAAUAAGUGUCUAGCAACCUGUGUUCUUAAUUUUUUUCUACGCCUCAACAACUUGUUCCCUGUUCCAAUCACACAAUCACUCCGCGCCCUUCUGUAUCUUUUCAUUUCUUCUUAUUUAGUGACUUUAUUUACUACACACACUGCCUUGCUCAAAUAAACAAGAAAUAAUUGCUGAUGAAGUCAACUGCAUCUGGAAUAUUUUAACAGGCGUGCCGUUAGUUGUAUUGUCUAGUGACAAGCACUUUGAUCUUUAUGAAGGUUUUGAAUAAGCCUUACUGCUGAAUACUUUUAACUUGCCAAUAUCAGAAACUUCUUAAUGCUGACUAUUUGCACCAUCCAACAAAAGUGUUAACCAUCACCAAGACAGAUAUCCUUCAACUGGUAUGCAAUUGUAUUGGAUGGCAUUUCUGUUUCAGAAAACCGAAACUUUUAGGCUUACCCUGAUUAAAUGUGCGUGACAGUAUAAGUCUAUGUAUUUUGUUUCAGAUUUAUUUUUAAAAUGAGAAUAGUACAAAAAGCAACUUAAAA